AGUGAGUGAUCCAAAAUGGCAGAAGCCAGUGUUGUAUUGGGCCAAGACCAGUUCAGCUGUCCGGUCUGUCUUGAACUACUGAAAGAUCCUGUGACUAUUAACUGUGGUCACAGCUUCUGUAGGGACUGUAUUUCAAACUGCUGGGAUCAGGAAGAGCUGAAGGGAGUCUACAGCUGCCCACAGUGCAGACAGACCUGUACACCCAGACCAGUUCUGGGCAGGAACACAAUGCUGGCUGAAGUGGUGGACAAACUGAAGAUCAUGGGACUCCAGGCUAUUCCUCCUGCUCAGUGUUAUGCUGGACCUGGAGAUGUGGAGUGUGACGUCUGCACUGGGAAAAAGUGCAAAGCUGUCAAAUCCUGUUUGGUUUGUCUGGCCUCGUACUGUGGCACUCACCUCAAACUUCACAAUGAUCUCAAUCCAGGGAAGAAACACAAAGUGGUUGAUGCUGCUGGUAAACUAGAAGAUCUGAUCUGCUCUCGUCAUGAUAAACUACUGGAGGUCUUCUGCCGCACUGAUCAGACAUGCAUAUGUGUGCUGUGCGUCAUGGAUGAACACAGAGGACAUGAUACGGUUUCAGCUGCGUCCGAGCGAAUUGAAAAACAGAAACAGUUGGAGGAGAGCUGCAGAAAAACCCAGCAGACAAUCCAAGAGAGACAUAAGCACCUGCAGCAGAUGAGAGAGGCCAUUAAGUCUCUUAAGCACUCUGCUCAGGCAGCAGUGGAGGACAGUGAAAGGAUCUUUACUGAAAUGAUCCACUCCAUUAAGAGAAGACACUCUGAGGUGACACAGCUGAUUAGAGAUCAGGAGAAGGCUGAAGUGAGUCGAGCUGAAGAACUCAUGGAGAAACUGGAGCGGGAGAUUGCUGAGCUGAAGAAGAGAGAUGCUGAGCUGGAGCAGCUUUCACAAACAGAGGAUCAUACAAGCUUUCUCCGGAGUUUUCAGUCUCUGUGUUCCUUCACUGACCCAGAGGAUUCAUCAUCCAACCUCAGUUUCUGUUCAGAUGUGUCAUUUGAAGAAGUGACGGGAAAUGUAUCUCAGUUGAAAGAUAAAGUAGAAGAUGUACUUAAGCAUGGAGUAGAACAGAUUUCAAUGAGAGACUUGUGUCAACUCAAUCUAGAUCCCAGACUCACUCUAAAUCUAGAACACAGCACAACAGAAUCUUCAUUUGCCUGAUAGUAAUAAGGAAGUUACUCUUAAACAGAAGAAGCAAUCAUAUCCUGACAAUCCAGAAAGAUUUAUAAAUUGGGCACAGGUGCUGUGUAAGGAGGCUGUGACUGGAAGAUGCUACUGGGAGGUGGAGUGGUUCUGUAGUAGUAUCCUACAAAGAGAUUUGCAGGAAGGGACAAAACAAACAGGUUCCGUUUGGGUACAAUAAACACUCUUGGAGUAUAGACUACCCUUUCGA